AUGAUCAGAAAUUCAUUUAUAUUAGAUUUAUCUGGUGUUUUAAAAGGAAAAGUAGAAAAGCAUCUAUUGAGGAUCGAACUGACGAGCAACGUAUUGGGCGACCACCGCCAACAAUCGCUUUAUGAUAUGAAACUUCUUAUUCUCUCUGUCUUUCUCUCUCCCAUUCUCUGUCUGUCUCUCCCUCCCCCUCUCUCUCUCUCUCACUCUAUCUAUCUAUCUAACUAUCUAUGUAUCUUGUUCUAUCUCGGACUUCACUGCUUCUCUCUCUCUCUCAAUCUCUUCUCUCUCUCUCUCUCUUACUCUCUUUCUCGGAUUUUCAAUCUUAAUCCCUCUCUAUUUCAACCUCUCUCUCAAUCGAGUUCAUAUAUUUCGACCCCUCCCUGUCUGCCUCUCUCUUUCUCUCUCUCACUCGACCUCACUCUCAACUUCUCUCGACCGUUCUCAACAUCUCUCAACCGUUCUCUCGCUCUCUCUUUCGACUUCUCUCAUUCGACCUCCCUCCUCUUUGACUUCUCUCCUUUUAUCUCUCGACCCUUCCCUCUCUAUCAGCAUAUUUCUAAUUCCACAUGCUCUAAACAUUUUUCUCUCUCUCUCUCUCUCUCUCUCUCGACUUUCAUUAUAAUUUUCACCCGCUCUCAAUAUCUACCACUCUCUCUCUCUCUCAAUAUCUAUCAACUCUCUCUCUCUCUUUCUUUCAUAUAUUUCGACCCCUCUCUAUCUGCCCCACUCUCUCUCUCUCUCUCUCUCUCUCUCUCUCUCUCUCGAACUCUCGAACUCUCGAACUCUCGAACUCUCCCUUCAUCUGCGAAUAUUUUUGUGAUUGUUUCUUCUAUUUCACUUCUUGCUUGUGGGACUCUCUCUCUCUCUCUCUCUCUCUCUCUCUCUCUCUCUCUCUCUCUCUCUCUCUUCUUGCUUCCCGGCCAACUUUGA